GUCGCUGGUUUAACUGGACCUCUCCUGUCAGGUUGGACUGCAGUAGCAACAUGGCGGUGGGUUGCAAAUGACGAAAACUGCGGGAUAUGCCGCAUGGCAUUUGAUGGUUGUUGUCCAGACUGUAAACUGCCAGGAGAUGAUUGUCCACUUGUCUGGGGAGAGUGUUCACACUGUUUCCAUAUCCACUGCAUUGUGAAGUGGCUCAACUCCCAGCAAGUGAAUCAGCUCUGUCCAAUGUGUCGACAGGAUUGGAAAUUCAAAGAAUGACAGGAUUAAGUAUGGUUCAUGUGGUCAUGUGUUUAUCACAUUGAUUCAUACAUCUUAUCCAAGUGGAAGCGUUCAAAGAACUGUUCCAAAUGAAAAAUUUAUACAGUUCUUACUUCUUCAGAUGUGGUAAUGUUUUAUGAGUUCUAAGCUAUAUAGCUGUGGUUCACCAUACAAUGAUACAGAAAGUACUAAAUGAGAACUAUAUAUAGGUGUGUUUCAUACACUAAAGUAGUUCAAGGAUACUGCUCUAAACACAUAUUGGAUAGAACAUUUUCUGUCCAAACAAGUAUAAGGAGUGAUAAUUGGAUAUAUGAGGCCCAUCAUCAACUGGUGACAAGACGUUGAUAUAAGAAAAAUUCCUUAAUAUGUAUUUUGUAUUGUGCUGGAUGAUGUGAAUGUUGAUGA